AUGAGACUGGCCUUCGUCCUGGGCCGGUUUUGUCCACGUCCGGGCUUCCGAGCGCCAGCGAACGGAACCCAUUUCUACUCCACAUUCAGGAGCGCCUUCCGAAGCUCUCCCCACUCGAGGCAGCUACCGUGGCGACGGACCGGCAGCAAUCGAUACACGAAAUACACACUCCGUGCCGGCGGUGCAGGUGCUGGUGCUCUCGGCACAGCCGCCUUCUUCGAGCUGUCUGAGAAGGACAAUGGGGGCACCGACCAGACGGGCGAAAAGCGCAUGCUAGAAGUCAGCCGAGCCGAGAUCAAGAAGACGGUCGACGACGACGACAGCGGGAUUUCGAGGGCAUGGCACACGUUGAAGAUUGCUGUCGACGUCUACGUAUGGGAGCCCCUCUGUACCGGUGUGAGGUUCCUCCAUCUGCUCGUCAUCUUCGUCCCCGUCAUCGUCGCGGUCCCUGCCUUGUGGCUCGGCAGGCGGCAACCCGAUCGCGAUAAUGAGAGGAGCGGCACAAUAUGGUGGUAUGGCUUCCUGGUUCAGUCCAUGGAGUGGGCGGGGCCAGCUUUCAUCAAGCUCGGUCAAUGGGCCGCCUCUCGCUCCGACAUCUUCCCCAACGAAAUGUGCGAAAUCAUGUCCAAACUCCACUCCAACGCCCCGGCGCACUCGAUACACGACACCAAGCGCAUCGUCUCCGCGGCAUUUGACGGACGCGACUUCAACGACAUCUUUGAGGAGUUUGACGAGACGCCCCUCGGCGUCGGCGCCAUCGCCCAGGUCUACAGAGCUAAGCUGAAGGCCAGCCUCGCCGCGCCCGGCGACGCCGACCUGCCCCAGGAGCCCAGGCCUCUCCGUCACAAGGUCGCAAAGAACGUCGAGGCCGCGCUCAAGAGCACGCCCAAGAGGGUCCCCUCCACCUACGUCGCUGUCAAGGUCCUGCACCCCCGCGUCGAGAGGACCGUCCGGCGCGACCUGCGCAUCAUGCACUUCUUCGCCUCCGCUCUCAACAUCAUACCUACAAUCGAGUGGCUCUCCCUCCCCGACGAGGUCGCACAAUUUGGCGAGAUGAUGAAGCUCCAGCUCGACCUCCGCAUCGAAGCCGCCAACCUCGCCAAAUUCCGCAAGAACUUCAAGGACCGCACCACGGCCUGGUUCCCCUACCCGUACACCGAGUUCACCACCCGCAACGUGCUGGUCGAGGAGUUCGCCCAGGGCAUCCCGCUGGCCCAUUUCAUGGAGAACGGCGGUGGCGUCUUCCAGCACGACAUUGCCUCGGAGGGCCUCGACGCCUUCCUGCGCAUGCUCCUGCUUGACAACUUUGUCCACGCCGACCUGCACCCGGGCAACAUCAUGGUCCGCUUCUACCAGUCCCACGAGCCGGACCUCAAGUUCCGCAGGAAUCACGCCAAGGAGCACCCUGAAGACCAAGACGAUGUCACGGAGCAGGUCCUCGCUCGCCUGCGACCCUACCGCCACAGAAAAGACCCCGCAGCCUGGGCAGCCGAGCUUCGCAAGAUUGACAACGAGGGCUACCGCCCACAGCUCAUCUUCAUCGACACGGGCCUGGUGACGGAGCUCAACGAGAAGAACCGUGCAAACUUCCUCGACCUCUUUCGCGCCGUUGCCGAGUUUGACGGGUACAAGGCCGGCAACCUCAUGUGCGAGCGCUGCCGCCAGCCCGACGCCGUGCUCGACAAGGACGUCUUUGCGCUCAAGAUGCAGCACCUCGUUCUCGGCGUAAAGAGCCGCACCCUCGCGCUGGGCAACAUCAAGAUUGGCGACAUUCUCCAAGAGGUCCUCGGUAUGGUCCGCGGGCACCACGUCCGGAUCGAGGGCGAUUUCGUCAAUGUCAUCAUCAGCAUCCUGCUGCUCGAGGGCAUCGGGCGCAGCCUGAACCCGGACAUGGAUCUUCUUAGUAGCUCCCUGCCCAUUCUGCGGCAGCUGAGCGCGCAGAGCGGUGCCGAGAUGGUCAAGAAGGGUGAUUUUAGCAUGUUGGUUGUGUGGGCUGGCCUGGAGACCCGGCGGUUCUUGCAGGCGAGCAUUGAAGAUGUCGAACGUUGCGUCAAAUAUGAUCUCCUUGCGCCGAAUGUGUAA